AUGGCCCACACCCCGGACACCCACCUGGGAAGCUCUGGGUUGCGUGCUCUGCCGGGCCCGCUGUCCCUGUCCUUCGAGGAGGACCCGCAGCAGCCGCCCCUGGAGCUGGCGGUGCAGCAAGUCUCCAGUGCGGCCCGGUCGGCCCAGGAGAAGGUGGUGUCUUGUCGCGUGGUGGGCAAGGCCAUCCAGUUCCUGGUUAAUUCGGGGCCAGCCUCGCCCGAGGACAUGGGGCGCCAGGAGUACAGCGUGCGGCUCGCCCCGCUGCAUUUACAGCUGGAGCUCCGCAUGAAGGAGGAGAGAGAGGACAUUCCGAUCCGGUGGUCCUUCCUCAGCCUGCCGGAGAUGGCCAUCACCAUCCAGCCCCGAGCCCCGGGGGAGGACCGGGCCGUGGAGGUGAAGGCAAUAUGUGAAACUCUCAAGGACAUUUUGAAGUACCUGGUUAGCUCCGCCUCCCCGUCGGUGGUUCUGAGCAUCAAGCCCGUGGACGUGCGGGAAGUCCAGAAUCUCCAGCGCACCUCGCCUGCCCCACAGGAGCCCUGCCCUCCCAAACCUCCAAGGGCCCAUGACCUCAAGUUACUGGUGAAGAACAUCCGGGCCUCGCUGCUAAACCAUCCUGGUGCUUCAGGCCCCGCCAACCUCCGCUGCCAAGUUCAGCUGAACGACCCCGUUCAGAAGCUCUCCAGCGUCCUCCCGAAAAACACUACUGACCUCGCCUGGGAGGAAGAAUUCACCUUUGAGUUGAACGCCAAGUCGAAGGAGUUGCACCUGCAGAUUUCGGAGGAUGGGCAAUCCUCAGAAGCUCUGCUGGCGACGACGACCAUCCCUUUAGAUCUGUUUAAGAAGCAGCCUUCCGGGCCACAGAGCUUUAUGCUGACCCGCGGGCCCUCGGGGGACAGCGCGGCCCUGGGUUCAGUCACCGCGGAGUUCUGUUACGUGGAACCCGCAGAGGCAAAAUCCUGGCACACCCCUCCGCCCGUUCCUGCGGCCAAGAUAGAGAAAGACCGCACGGUGAUGCCCUGCGGGACUGUGGUCACCACCGUCACCGCCGUGAAAACCAAGCCUCGCUUCGACGCCGGGAGGGCGUCCCCGCUGAGCUCGGAGUCUCCGCUGCGGACGCCCGUCAAGGUGAGGGUGAUCGAGAAGGACAUCUCCGUCCAAGCCAUCUCCUGCCACAGCCCUCCCGUCAGCAAAACCUUGUCUUCUUCAGACACAGAACUGCUGGUGUUGAAUGGCUCGGAUCCAGUGGCCGAGGUCGCCAUCCGGCAGCUCAGCGAAUCUUCGAAGCUGAAGCUGAAGUCGCCGCGGAAGAGGAGCACCAUCAUCAUAUCAGGGAUCUCCAAGACCUCUCUAUCUCAGGACAGUGACGCUGCCCUGAUGCUGGACUAUGCGGCCUCCAUGGACAGCAACUGCCAGGAGGGCACCCCGUCCCAGCCGGAGGCGGCCUUGGCCUCUGCCCCACCCGAGGAGGUGGAGGAGGCCUCAGCCCAGCCCCAGGACUGCGAGCUGGCCUCCUGGGACUCGGAGAAGGAGUCGCAGGCCGAGGCGUGGGACGGCCACGCCCCGCUGGACCCCGAGGGGGAUGAGCUGUCGGAGAGCUCCCUGAGUGUCUGGGAGCCAGGGGCCCCCAAAAAGCAUAGAGGAGGCAUUUUAAGGAGAGGUGCCAAGCUCUUCUUCCGCCGGCGGCAUCAGCAGAAGGACCCCAGCCUGAGCCAGUCCCACAACGACCUGGUGUUCCUCCAGCAGCCGGAGGGGGCCCGGAGGAAGGGGGCCACGCUCUCCAGGAUCCUCAACAAGAAGCUGCUGUCCAAGCACAGAAGCAAGAUUGCCAUGAACGGCGCCCCCAGGGACCCCGGGGUGUAGGCCCAGGUGGGCGGCCUCCUUCGUGGCGAUGCUGGAGAUGUGGACCCGCUAACGCCCCGCCAGGACGGAGUGGGAUGCCAGCGAGCUGGUCUAGCUGGGGCUUUCCCGGCAGUGUCGUUUUUUGAAGGGGAAGAAAAGUCCGAGUCUCCAGCCGGGAGAUUUCCCCAGAGAGAACUGACCGAACCUGUUUACCACCCCCCGCCUCCAAUGCCAGAGGAGAGGGGGGACUCCGCCACGCGGCUGAAGUUCAAUGUCGGAAGGAGAUUUACAUUAUGAACUAAAGAACACACUGCAGUGGGCGUGGAUGGGCCAGGUUUGGGCCCCAGUUUCACCCACGCUCUGCUCUAACGGGUAUUGUUUGGGGUCCACGCCUGGACCACGUCACAAGGAGCAGACGACCCUCUGUGCUGUCACUGUGAACGACGCGUAGGUCACCUCUUCUGUUGGCUGCUCAGGAUAGAACAGUGCAGCGGGCCCCGGGGCCAGAGAGGUGGGGCGCAGGCAGAUUUGGGUGAAUAGAGACAUUACGAUAGGAAUGGAAACACGAUGACAAAUGUGGGAAGACAUUUGCCUUUGCUAUUAGCCAUAGAACUUGAAAAAUUAUGCAAAUACUAAAUAUAUCCUAUGCAUAUUAUGCUGAACACUUUUCUAAGUGUACGUUGAGCCUAUUUACAAGUGGGAGAUAUAUAAAUUCUUAUAUGGUUUUUACACUUUCUCUAGUGUCCAAAGCUCUAGCGGUGGACUUUCCCCCUGUCUGGCUCACACGAAGCGGGGGUGCAGCACGCCUCUCCAAGGCACUUAGGAGCAGUAAGGGACAGCCGAGAGAACGUGGUACCCACACGCACAUACCUGGAUUUUCUCUCGUCCGACGUUGGUUUGCCAAAUAUUGCCAGUAGCUGAAACAAAGUACUUUUCGGGCAAAAGAGGAAAUGAUUUUAUGUCUCAGGUGUGAGUCUUAGGAAGGGAAGUUUAGUGAAACACGGGCCAGGCUUGCAUCAGAUUCCUUCCAGGAGCUUGUCUGAAUUCUACUGUGAACAGUCUUGGCAGACUUUGGGGGGGGGGCGGGGGUUAUUUCCAGUGGAACAAAUGAUAAGCUUGCUAUACAACUUGAGUAUCCGCCGUGACUUUCAAAGCACUUCCCACGUCAGGAGCCACUUGGGUUCAGUCACAGUCGUCACGCUGCUCCGCUCCUGAAAGUGCCACUUGCGGGAAAUGGGCUUGUUAACAGGAGUCGUCGUUAGCGUGAAGGGUGCUGACGGCUUAAUAAGAGUCAUUCCCCCCAAUGAGCUUUAAAAGGCUGUUACGAAAACUCAACUUCUGUCACGGAUGUGAAUUUGGGGGGACUCCUUUGUGCAGACACUUUUGUUAAUCCUUAAACAUCUGUUUCAGGGGUCAGAGAGCUCUUGAUGAGCUAAAACCUUUCUAAAACCAAAAUUAUAGAAUCCUUUCCUUCCUUUAUUUGGAGGGAGGAAUUGGAAGACUGCAUUAAGAAUUUCACUUUAAAAUGCAUAUUUAAAAAUUCUUAGGUGUCCCAGGAAUCAAGGGACCGUAAAGUGACUUUUUUUUUUAACCAUACUUUGUUUUUAAAGAUUAUAUUCCAAUUUUAAUCAUUGUAAAAUAGCACCUGGCAUUAUGAAAUACAUGAAUACCAAAUUCAUCCCCACGGGUCAGCAAUCACUACAGGCCUUUUAGGGACAGAGGGUCACUUUAACGUUGUUUUGCUGGAAGGAUUCCUGUUCUUUCUCAUGGUAAGCGGACAUGUAACACGCAUGAAUUAAUUCUAAGAGGACCGACGUGUGAGAAGAUAAGACACUGGUCAGAAGUUCUUAGUACAGUUCCACGUUUGUUUAAGUUUGGAAUUGAGAUGGACUCGAUCAGCUCUGAUACCCGUGAAGGUAUCAGAGUUUUAGACUGAGUUUUUCUCGCUCUCAAAAAUCAAAACACAACCACAACGUUUUAGCCAUUGCUGUUCCCAGAUCGGCCCCAGGAGCACCCUGUCCACUGUUCACUGUCUUCGCCAAGGGCUCCGCUUCCUCAACUUCCUCGUGACUUGAAACCUCUCCAGGCUCCUGGGAAGGUGCCCAGCGGGCGGGCCCUGUCUCGCCCUCGUGCGUGAAGCGAGUGAGUGGACACGGACAGAGAGCACGCCGUCAUGGAGAUCCAUGUUUCUUCGUGUCUGCUGGGUGCACGUGAGACCUCUGUCCUGAGUUUGAUCCAGGAGCCCGUCCUCCAGGCGCACACACUGGUCGCCAUCCCGGCCUCUCCUGACGUUUCAGAGAUAAAUGUAGCGGGAGCAGAAGGAGCGAUGCCGUCAGGCGGCCCCGCCAGGCAGGGCUGUGUCAAUACUGUGAAUGUUUCCUUCCCGAGCUGUGUAUCCAGGUUUGUUUCUUAAAGGUGUCGGGUAUUUAUGUUAAAGUCCAUGUCACUAAGGUGUAAUACCAAUUACGAUUACACACCGGAUACAAAACACACUAAUUUGUGAAUCACCGAUCCCCUUACCCUUUCCGCACGCUUUAGUGGCGUGAGGGCUCGAGUUUUGGUUUUGAUGAAAUUUUUUCAGAGUGAUUCCUCAUGAACACUAAUCGGUCCGGUCCAUCUGGACCCGGAGCACACGCUGGCUUUAACACGCUGGCCACGCUUCUGCGCUUUGCGUAAGGACGCCCCUGUGGUCUUUGUGGAGGAACGAGAUGGAGUUUGCGCCUGCUUUAAUGUGGCAUUAACGAAAGUAUCCGUCUUGCUGUUCUGUUCAAGACCAGCUGUGAGGGAGGUUUAGACAGAGACGCCACUUAGACCCAGGCUCAAGUUGAAGUUCAAAGCCAGCCCCGGGUUCCUGGGGAUGGCUGCCAGGCCGGGCGCAGCCAGCCAAUCACAGAUUAGAAGCCUGCCCAGAUUGUGAUUGUGCUUCUGGCCACAUGGGGGGCAGAGUCACAAAUCUUGAGCAGGAGAGAAAGGUGAAUGUGCACUGCUGCCGCCCAGGGCGAUGCUCCCUGAGUAAUAGUCUCACGGCCCUGGGAACCUCACCGUACAAGCUGGCGGGCACUGGGGGUCAGGACGCUUACCUCUGCCAGGUGGCAAGCAGGUCUCGGCCUUGGCGCAGACCCCGAUGCCACUGCCCAACCCCCCAGGCUGGGUACCAAAGCGAGGGGCACAGGGCCCCGCCCGCUAAGACCUGCACAGCAAACUCAGGUCCCCUGGGUCCUUUCCCGAGCAUCCCUCCUUCCCGUGUGAGGAGGAACCUGCUCAGCCCGCCAGCUUCCCGCCUUCGGGAAAGUACCAUUUAUAACGGAGGCUGUGCUUUUUGUUGCCCGAUGUCACACUGAAGUUACAUUUUAACACAGGAGAAAAUGAGGUUUUCUAGGGGAAAGGGUUGGCGUGCCCUUCGGUUGAUGAAUUUGCGUGACGGUGAUUGUAUUCCUUGGUAGCACUUUUAACCCGGUUCCAGGCCCGCGCCGGUCGUGCAGUGGGUUCAGCCGGCCGUGCAGUGGGUUCAUCUGGAGAAGAUGUGGCUGGGACAUGGGUGCUCUUUAAAGAAAUAAACGUGCACAUGGAACACGGAAA